CACAGGCCCAUUACGAAAAACACGACCAACUUCAAGCAUCUUCUAUGUCUCGCUUUAUAAAUCAUAUGUUCAAUUCCACCACCAAAAUUUUCCGAUUUGAUUCGCGGGAACCAAACAGCAAUGUGUAUGCCUGAGAAAACGAUGCAUUUGGGCGCUGUGACGACGCUGCUGCUGGCGUCGCAGUUCAUGAUUUUCAUCCCAGCCGUCGUCUCCGACAAAACCAAGCACAUUCCCUCCGAUACCUCCAAGCUAGACGCCUGGAUCGCCACCAACAUCCGGGAAUACCGGCAGCGAAUAUGGGAGAGCAAAAAGGGCCUGCACUCAUCUCUCGAUCCUAUACUCGUCGCCGCCGAGGCAGAAGUGAAUGUGAUCAAGGUCAGAAAAGAUGGCACCGGCGAUUUCAAGACGAUCACCGACGCUCUCAACAGCAUCCCCAAGGGCAACCUCAAGCGCACCGUCAUAUGGAUCGGCGGCGGCGAGUACUGGGAGAAGAUCACCAUUGAUCGGUCCAAGCCGUUCAUCACUUUGUACGGAUCGACGGCUGAUAUGCCGUCGAUAACGUACGACGGAACGGCGUUCAAGUACGGAACAGUCGACAGCGCCACCGUGGCGGUUGAGUCGGACUACUUCAUGGCCGUUAAUAUUGCAUUUGUGGUGCGGACGAAUUCAGCUCCUAUGCCAGACGGAAAAAGGGUGGGAGCUCAGGCAGUGGCCAUGAGGAUCUCCGGCGACAAAGCAGCAUUCCACAACUGCAUGUUCAUAGGGUUUCAAGACACCCUUUGUGACGACAGGGGCAGACAUUUCUUCAAGGACUGCCAAAUCCAGGGCACCGUUGAUUUCAUCUUUGGGGACGGCAAAUCACUCUACUUGAACACAAUGAUACAAUCAGUUGCAAAGGGCGUGGGCGUGAUCACAGCUCAGGCAAGGGAAAACGUGGCUGAUACCAGCGGAUUCGCCUUCGUCCACUGCAACAUAUCCGGCAGCGGAGACACUUAUCUCGGCCGAGCAUGGAGGUUGAGGCCCAGAGUGGUGUUUGCUUACACCUACAUGGGCACUCUCAUCAACGGCGAAGGUUGGUCGGAUAACUUGCAUGCUGAUCGUGACAAGACUGUAUACUAUGGGGAGUACAUGUGCGAAGGACCAGGAGCAACCCCGUCUGGCCGAGUUAAAUUUGCGAAGUUACUGACUGGUGAAGAAGCAAAGCCCUUCUUGAGCAUGACCUACAUCAAUGGCAACAAGUGGCUUCUGCCACCUCCCAAUUAUGUGUAGAUUGUGUCGCCAAAAACAUGUUUUUUUUGCAUAUUAGUAUCUAGUGUAUUAUAAUAGGUUUCAGCAUGCUAAAAGCCUAAAUCUCGCUUGUUUUUUGGAAUAGGCUUACAAGGUAUCUUUGUUCAUGAUUUCGUGACUAGCCUGACAGAAGUUAUAUUACAUUGUUCAUGGUGCCUCUGAAUAGAAUUAAGUUGGAAAUGAAAAAUUAUCUACAAUUCUGUAACAA